CGCGCGGCGGGCGACGCGCCGAAGCACCCGCUCGUGCUCGUGCCGGGCAUCAUCAGCUGCGGUCUCGAAUUGUGGCGGCCGGGCGCGUGCUACGGCCGGGGCUGGUUUCGGGAGCGGCUCUGGGGCGGCCUCGGCAUGGCGCGCGCGGCGGUCAAGAACAUCAGCUGCUGGCUCGACCACAUCUCGCUCAACGCGACGACGGGCCUCGACCGCGACGGCCACGAGGUCCGCGCGGCGCUGGGGUGGAGCGGCGCCGAGAUUUUUCUUCUUCUACGGUUGAACUCCCGCGGCAUAGGUUACUGGCUCUGGGCCAAAAUCCUCGCGAACGCCGCGGAGGUCGGCUACGACCGGUCCACGAUGCACAUGGCCUGCUACGACUGGCGCCUGAGCUUCCGGAACCUGGAGCGGCGCGACGGCUAUCUGAGCCGGCUCAAGGCCGAGGUCGAGGUGCUCGCGCGCCAGCGCGGCGAGAAGGCCGUCGUCGUGGGCCACUCCAUGGGCGCGGCCCUGGCGCUCUUCUUCUUCUCCUGGUGCGAGGCCGGCGACCCCGGCUGGGUCGACGCGCACGUCCACGCGUUCGUGUCCCUCGGCGGGUCGCUCCUCGGCGCCGUCGGGCCCCUGGGCGCGAUCCUGAGCGGCGAGAUGAAGGCGACGGCCAUGCUCGGCAAGGUCAACGAGCUCAUCGACUCGCAGAUGUCGUUCCUCAACAAGACGCAGCAGCGCGACAUCUACCGGAGCCUCGGCGCUUUAGGCUCUCUGCUCCCCAAGGGCGGCGACGCGGUCUGGGGCGGCGACGUCGAGGGCGCGGAGAACGCGCCGGCCGCGGACGACGAGGCCCUCGGCGUCGACGCGAUUCGGCGCGGGCUCGUGGCGGACCUGCCGCGCGGCGCGAGCAUCCUCGACUACGACCCCGCCGCGCGGCGGCCGCGGCGCACGGCGACGGGCGCCGGGCUCUGGCCGUGGCGCGGGCGGCCGCGCGCGGCCGCGGCGGCCGAGAAGCGGCUCGCGGCCGCGUCGGAGAACCCGCUCAACGCGGCGCUGCCGGCCGCGCCGAAGAUGACCGUCUACUGCCUCUACGGCACGGGCAUCGACACGGAGCGGCGCUACCACUACGCGCGGCGCGGGCCCGGGCGCCACGCCGCGGACCUCGGCACCAUCGACUACGAGAGGGCCGACAGCGGCGUCGAGUCCGGCGACGGCGACGGCACGGUGCCGCUCGCGUCGCUCGGCUACCCGUGCUACGGGCUCUGGCGCGACGCGGCGCUGGCGCCCAUCUACAACCCGUCGAACGUGCGUACGGUGGUCCGCGAGUACCCGCACGACGCGUGCCCGAUCUGGCAGGACCCGCGGGGCGGCACGAAGACGUCCCGCCACGUGGAGAUCCUCGGGAAUUACGACGUCAUCCGCGACAUCCUCGACGUCGCCACGGGCCACGAGGACACGUCGGACCGCGUGACCUCGGACCUGCCCAACGUCUCCGCGAACAUCACGGCCGGGCUGCGGCGCGUCCUCGGCGCCGGCGGGUCGUAA